AUGGCUUACACAGUCGAUUUGACUCGUGAAAACGUGUACAUCACACUCAGGUAUUGCGCACUUAUCGACCAUGUUCUGAACAAGAACAGCCCACUACUCACGGCGUCCCAAAUCGCAAAUCUGGAUCGUGAGCUGGCAGAAACCGAAGACUUCGCCGAUGCCCACAUCGAACAUUACGCGCAGCAGGAAUGUCGGGCAUUGUGUACCGCCAUGCAAAGUAAGCUCCCCCGCGAGCUCAGGGACAUGAUAUACGACCACAUACUCUCCCCUGCUCGAGAUGAACCGAUUUUCAUCAACAACGAAUACUUCGAAGACGUCGACGAGCCAUAUCGGGACAUUGUUGCGGGUUAUGCCGAGGAACGCGGAUACGGAUACGCGCAUAUGUGUAGCGAGAAAUUUGUCGAUUUGGACACUAUGAGCGAGUUUGCACGUCGCUGGUAUUAUCAUACCAAAUUGUGGCUAUAUCUCACACCUACGGAGGUCGCUGAGUUCUUCGAGACUGAUAUCUGGGGUCUCGGUCUGGGAAGCGAUCGUCUAUUGCGCCAUCUCGAAGUCGAGUUGUGCGGAACAGAAUACGAAGAUAAUGUCACUCCGCUCCAGCAGUGUCUCUUCAAGCUCGCGCCUGGCGCAUCGAUCGUUUUCCACCUGCGAGUAGAUUACAUUUAUGGCCCAGGUGAAUACACGUAUGACGAGGAAUUCACCAUGAGCCUCCUCUCCGAACGCCUUACUGCAAGUGACUGGGACCUGUUGACUCAGAAGGUAUAUUGGGAAGCUGCUCGCCAACAUCUGCAACCACACACUCUGAAUUAUCAAUCCAAGCACAAGAUGGAUUCAAAAAUCUUCCAAUGGGAGCGCACUGUCGAUUCAGGCACCUACCUCAUAUCCUCCGACCGCUCGCUGCUUCCAUACACCUUCGUCCAGGAAGCCUACGCGACGGACGCAAUGUUUUGGGCGAAACCGCUCUCUUUCACGGACUUGUCGACCAUGCUUGACAACAGCCUCACUCUCGGUGUAUACUCUGUCUCGGACGGCGUCAAGAAGCCUAUUGGGAUGGCGCGCUUCAUUACCGACUACACGACGCUCGCCUACCUCACAGACGUCUACCUCAUCCCCGAACACCAGGGCCAAGGACUCGGCAAAUGGCUCAUCGCAUGCUGUCGCGAGAUCUGCGCCGGAAUGGAAAACCUCCGGUGGAUGGUCCUCUUGACCGGCGGCGAGCAAGCGCAAGCGCUCUACAGGAAGGAAUUGGGCAUGACAAAGCUUGACGGGGUGGAGGAGGGGCUGGUUUGUAUGGGGGCUCGGCGGGCAAAACUCACCGAAGCAGCGGGCGCUCCGCCCUCAGCAUAG